GCUUUGCUCACUCUGAAAGGGCUCAUCACAAGCAGUUGCAUUUGGAGGCUUGCCCCCUCUUUUCUCUCAACCGCCUGAUGAAGACCGCUUUCUUUUUUUUACCUAUGUUACUUUACCGAAAGAACCAAGAAUAUUAAUUCCUGCAGUCAGGAAAGUUUCAAGUCAAAAUUUUUACGAUUUGGUUACCCUUGCAACGGAUCAAGCCCCUGCCCACACAAACCCACUCUCGUUGCUAAUUUUUUUUCUUCUCUUAUCAGCAACUGGCUUUAUCGGAGUGAGCCGUUAGUCCGCUCUUUCUCUGUCGGCGACGCUCGGCAGAAUGGGCUGCGGAACGUCAGCACGGGCUACGAUGUUGGUUUUCUUCGUCGUGACGGGGAACCUCGCAGGUGCCGUGGGCGCUCCCGAAUCCGUCGCCAGUUGCCCCGGAGCGUCCGUCACCUUCCCACGGGGAUGCAAGGUUCCGGACGGAGCCGAGUUGAGCUGGACCGUGAUGCGAAAUCGAGACAAAGUAAUCAUUUACGAUCUGGUCCAAGCGUCCGAUUGGUCGUCUCAAAACCCCACCUGGAGCUACGAAGGCCGGGUGGAGCUCACCGCUGACAUGUCUCUGCGGCUCAAAGGGGUGGGCGAGAGAGACCGGGGAGUCUACGAAUUGGAUUACAAACACAAUGCCACUGUCAAAACGUGCCAGUCGUAUGAUUUGCGCGUCACGGGGCCACCGCCCAUCCCGUCCCUCGACGUCCACCCCAAGCGCAUCGUCGAGGGUGGCAACGUCACCCUCAGCUGUCGCGUGCCACACGGCAGCGGCGGAAGCGGCGACCUCGUGACCGUGAGCUGGUUCCGAGACGGCUGCCCCUUGGGGGAGGACGCGGGGAGCGACCGUUCGCUGGCGCUGAUCUCCGUCGACAGUGGGGCCGUGGGCCACUACAGCUGCGUCCUGAGCAACGCGUGCGGACGCAGCAGCACCCCCAGCGCGGAAGCCAGAGUCGACGUUCACUAUGAGCCAGAGAGGAUGAAGCUGAGAGCCGACUGGAUGUCUCUGGACGCCGACAGUUACAUCAUCCGCAUCCGCAUCCGCAGCAGCAGCUACAGCAACAGCAGCAGCAGCAACAACAGCAACAGCAGCUACAGCAACAGCAGCUACAGCUACAGCUACAGCAACAGCAGCUACAGCAACAGCAGCUACAGCAACAGCAGCAGCAGCAGCAACAGCGGCGUCGACAUACUCCCGGAGGAUGAGGAGACGGCCCUGGCCCGCGGGGUCUACGACGCGGUGCGAGCGCUCCUCAGGGCCGCCUCCUCCUCCGCCUCCUCCUCCUCCUCCUCCUCCGCCUCCUCCUCCUCCUCCUCCUCCGCCUCCUCCUCCUCCUCUCCACCUCCUGGCGGCGGCAGUCCGAGGCAGCCCGGCAAGUACCCGACCCUGGCGGGGAUCUUCCCGGCGGAGGAGGCGGCGGAGGAGGCGGAGGCGGAGGAGGCGGCGGAGGCGCUCGCCGCCGAGGCCUCCGAGUUGACGCGCGGGCUCCUGGAGGAGGGGAAGGGCGACGACGACGUCACCGGCUGGGUCUCCGCCGAGCUGCACGCCGCGGCCCGCGACGCCCUCCGGGCGUUCUCCGGCGGCGACGACGGCCGCCGCCGGGCUUUGGGAGCGGCGGCGGCGACGCCGCGGGGAGGCGGCUCCCCGCCGUGCCCGGCCGCGUCCCGCGGCGACGGGGCCCGCGGGGCCCUGGUGCGCCUCGCCUACCCGGGCGGCCCGGGGGGCGGCGGUCGCCUCGCCGCUCGCCGGGCCCUGUCGAGGCCCGGCGAGAGGCCCCCGUCGCUGUUCGCCUUCGGCGGCUGCCACAACGCGACGAGGGGCGGCAGCCUGACCCUGGCGUGCGUCGCCGCCCCCGGCCCGGGGGCCGUCUGCGCGUGGAGCCUCGACGGUGGGAGGCUGCCGCUGACGGCGUCGCCGCCGGAUGCUUGCGAGCUGACCGUCCACGACCUGCACGGCGGCCACGAGGGGCGCUACGAGUGCGUGGCCACCAACGUCGCGACCGGACGCAGAGCGACGGCCUCCGCGUGCGUCCACGUCAGGGAGCGGCUUCUGAGCCCAGCCACCUUCUUGGGCCGCACGGCUGAGGGCUGCCGCGAUUCGACGACGCGGAGGUGGCAGCAGUAG